CCUGGGUUCCCGCUGCUGCCGCUCGCCAUGGACCGGAACCCGUCUCCUCCGUGGCGGGGGUUGGAGGCCGAAGACGAGGCCGAGGCCAAGGCCGCGGGGGGAGACUCCAUCGGGGCCACGAUCUACAGCAAGCACUGGCUGUUCGGCGUCCUCGGAAGCCUCAUCCAGCUUAUUAACCCUGAGAAAGCCAAGUCCAAAGCAAAUGAGGAGGAGCAGCAACUGAAAGAACUGGAUGAAGAAAUGGAGAAUGAAAUUUGCAGGGUGUGGGACAUGUCAAUGGAUGAGGAUGUAGCUUUAUUUCUCUAUGAAUUUAAUGCCCCAGACAUAUUUAUGGGAGUUUUGGCCAAGACCAAGUGUCCUCGAUUAAUGGAAAUUUGCGUGGGAAUUUUGGGAAAUAUGGCCUGUUUCCGGGAGAUAUGUGUGUCUAUCAGUAACGAUAAACAUAUUGGACAGACAUUGUUGCACUGCAUGUAUGAUUUGGAUCCUCCUACUCUGCUGGAAAUAAGCAGGUUAUUGCUAACAUGCCUUUCCCAGCCACAAGUUGCUAAUAUUUGGAUUGAAAGGAUACGGGAGAAUCCAGCUGUCUAUGAGAGCAUUUGUUUCAUCAUGUCAAGCUCAACAAAUGUUGACUUGUUGGUGAAAGUAGGUGAAGUGGUUGACAAGCUCUUUGACUUAGAUGAGAAGCUAAUGGUGGAGUGGAUUAGAAAUGGCACUGAACAGGUCCUGGACCAGUCCUCUGGAGAUUCUGAAGAGCAAAAACCACUGAAGAUUGUCCCUUGUGUACUUGAAGCUGCUAAACAGAUCCGUUUUGAUAACCCAGUAGGACUGGAUGUUUAUAUGCACAUCUUACAACUGCUUACUACCGUGGACGAUGGAAUUCAAGCAAUUGUUCAGCCUCCUGAUGCUGGAAGAGAUACUUGGAAUUUUCUUUCUGAUCUGGCCUGCCUUGACUUCUGUCAGCCUGAUGAUCCGCCAAUCAUACUUCAGGAACAGAAAACAGUAUUGGCCUCUAUCUUCUCAGUAUUAUCUGCUGUGUACGUGUCAGAAACUGAACAGGAGUACAUAAAGAUGGAAAAAAAUCUGUCUCUAAUCGGCACCUUGAUUCGGGUCUUGCACAACAUGGAGGACUGUGAGAAAAGAUCAGUGAACUUAGCAGAUUGCAAUACAGAAGAAACUGAAAAGUCUAAUAUAAAUGUUGAGGAUUUCCACUUGAAAGUCUUGAAGGAUGUUUCAUGCGAAUUACUUUCUAAUAUUUUUCAGAAAUUGACAAAGAAAAAUGUCAUUCAGGCUCUAAAGGAGGACCAUCUAAACAAACAGAAGUGUUCCUGUGCAAUUAAAAACCUUCUUCCCACGUACCGCUCAGUGGUAAAAGGAUUCCUUAAUGUCCUGUAUGAAGCUGACAAGGCUCUUGUGGAUGAUCUGGAGAAGGAUUUCCCAGGUUUGAAGGCACACAACAGAAACUAGAACAGAAUAGCCCUUACUUAAGAAAAAGACUCCGUUUCUUUCCUGUCUAAAGACUAUGACGGGCGCCAGCCUGAUAAAACUUAUAAGGGACAGUGGAAGGAGAUGACUUGUGGAGGAAUGAUAGGGAACCCCCAAGAACUGUGACUGCCCUGCUCCCCUCCUCUUUCUGUGUUGUGAUCAUGAGGUUAAACCUGCUAUUGGCUAUGUUGGUUCAUCAGCUUCAGUGGAAGUAAAUUAUGCUAGUAUUUAGGUGUCAACAGGGAAUGCUUACCUGAACCUGAAUUUUGUGCCAGAAUUUCAUAUGCAAGUAGGUGUUAGACUUUAGACAUUUAAAAAUGGAUUUAUUCAUGGUAAUUAUUUCAAUCAUCGGGGUCUUUAAAUACUUGAGAAGAAGAGGUAAAACCCAUCACAGUUUGAUAUUAGAUUGGGUUUGUUUACAAAGCCAACAUUCAACGGUAUUGUGCAUGGGAAAGUAGAAAUGCCGCCAUGCCUGUGUGAGCUUGAUUACAUCUGGAAAUCCCCCUUUACAACUUAAUUCCAGUGGCAGUUCAUAAAAUAAUUGGUUUCAAAUCACUGAGUUGUUUUGAGUAAUAGUUAAUUCCUCUUAAUCUCCCCUGAUUGAAGUACAAUGUAGCUCUUCUUGCUUGUCAGAUUUUGGCAAAGGUCCCAGUGUUAUUUGUCCACCGUGACAGUUACGCUGGACUGGAAUGUUAGAAUUCUUCUAUCUUUGGCUUCUGUCAUUUCCACAAAUUUAAAUGGAAGACUGACAUGUUUGGAUUUUGUUCGUUAUAGACUCCAAAGCCAUGCCCAGCAGAUUUUGGUAGUGUUUUCCCUAUUCAUGCUAUGACAUUUUAGCCUACAAAUGCUAAUUUAGAUCAUAUUUUGCCUUUUGUGGAAGAGCUUUCUCAUCCAGAAAAUUAAAAAGUGCUCAAGGUAGCUAUGUGCAAGUAUAUAGUUAGUUUCACUGGUGUUGAAAUGAGAUUUUAUCCAUGCUUUUGCAUGGUUUCUGGAUCUCUCUACUUUUCACAAGGACAUUUGUAUAGAAAAUUACAUAGACUAGUAACUGAAGCCACAACUGGUAGUAUUUUUUUGUAUUUUUGUUCAUGAACAUGCAUAUUGUUCAUUUUGGUGGUAACCUUAGUAUAGGCAUAGCAAGUGGCUGAAGUAAUCCCACAUGGUCAGAACAAAUACAUGCCUCCCAACCAAAUGCAUGGACGGAUUGUACAUUUCAGGCUGAUGCUGGCAAUUCUCCUGUUAGACAUCAAUCUUUUUACCUGCAGACUAUUAAAAUAUUCCUUGGAAGGGUAAUGCUUAUUAGACCUUACCGAAAAUGAAUUUCAGAUCCUAUCAUGAGAACAAGUUUUGAGUGCAGUGAAGAACUUUUAACAUAAGCAAUCUGAGCACCUAGGGGAAGGGGACACCCCUGAUGGUUUGAUUCCAAAGGUGGAUGGGAGCAGUGGAGUUCUUUACUUCAUAGUUUCACUCAGUAUUCACUCAGUUUUCACACUGUCUUGUGCACCAUGUUUUUCACUGUUCGAAGGUGAGGACUUAUAUUCUAUAUAUGUUCUAUUUUGAUAUAGUUGAAAACUACCAAUUAAAAUAAAAAUGAAAUGAA